AUGGUUGACAGAGAAAUAAACGUUGGUGACUACCCAAUAGACUUUACUUACUGCCAACUGGACUUCUCCGACUUCCCAAAUCCUGACGUAAAACGACGACGACGACUCGAUGACAAUGCAAAGUUUGACCCGCAAGUUCGCACCCGCUACACCAGCCCUGCCGCUACACUGGUCAUCCUGCUACAUCUGGCCCUGCCGCUACAUAUGGCCCUGCCAGUAAAUCUGGACCUGCCGGUACACCUGGACCUGCCAGUAAAUCAGGAGCUGCCGCUACAUCUUGCCCUGUUGGUACAUAUGGACCUGCCAGUAAAUGUGGACUUGCCGGUACAUCUUGCCCUGCCGGUACAUCUGGACCUGCCAGUAAAUAUGGACUUGCCGGUACAUCUGGACCUGCCUGUAAAUCUUGACCUGCCGCUACAUCUGGCCCUGCCUCUACAUCUGGCCCUGCCAGUAAAUCUGGACCUGCUGAUACAUCUGGACCUGCCAGACAAUCUGGACCUGCCGGUACAUCUGGACCUGCCACUACAUCUGGACCUGCCACUACAUCUGGACCUGCCACUACAUCUGGACCUGCCACUACAUCUGGCCCUGCCGGUACAUAUAGACCGGCCAGUAAAUCUGGACCUACAGGUACAUCUGGACCUGACAGUAAAUCUGGACCUGCCACUAUAUCUGGCCCUGCCGGUACAUCUGGACCUGCCUCUACAUCUGGCCCUGGCAGUAAAUCUGGACCUGCCGGUACAUCUGGACCUGCCAGUAAAUCUGUACCUGCUGGUACAUCUGGACCUGCCAGUAAAUCUGGACCUGCCGCUACACCUGGCCCUGCCGGUACAAAUGGACCUGCCAGUAAAUCUGGACCUGCCAGUAAUUCUGGACCUGCCGGUACAUCUGGCCAUGCCAGUAAAUAUGGACCUGACGCUAAAUCUGGCCCUGCCUCUACAUCUGUCCUGCCGCUAA